GCGCGAGCGUCUAGCGGGCAUCUACACGCGCACAGAGAAGACGGAGCAUAUAUAUAUAUAUCUAUAUCUAUAUAAUUAUAUUUAGAGAUUGAAUCAAGAUUUUUUUCGAACGAAAUUUUCUGUUUUCAUGUUGUUGAUGUUGUUUUAUACAUAUUUAUAUAUUUUUUUAUUCCAUUUUUAUGGCUACUGAUGUCUGGAUGCCUGCAGGUUGCGAAAUAACGCACCGGAGCAAGAUUGUACCGGUUGUUCGCUUCUAGUAGUGGAAAGGGAAAGCUUGAAUUUUUUUUUAAUUUAAAAUAAAUAUAUAUAUAUAUAUAUUUAGCAUCCUUGUGUUCCUUCGAGGAAGUCAAGCUGCCGGUCCGCGUGGCUCGCGGGAACCUCGACGCGAUGAUGGUGCACUGCGCCGGGUGCGCGAGGCCCAUCCUGGACCGCUUCCUACUUAACGUACUGGACCGCGCGUGGCACGCCGAGUGUGUGCAGUGCUGCGAGUGCAGCUGCAACCUCACCGAGAAGUGCUUCUCCAGGGAUGGCAAACUUUACUGCAAAAUUGACUUUUUCAGGCGUUUUGGCACGAAGUGUGCAGGCUGUUUUCAGGGCAUUUCACCCAGCGACCUGGUGCGCAAGGCGCGCAGUAAAGUGUUUCACUUGAACUGCUUCACGUGCAUGGUCUGCAACAAGCAGCUGUCCACGGGCGAGGAGCUCUACGUCAUCGACGAGAACAAGUUCGUGUGCAAGGAGGACUACGUGAGCGCGAGCGCCAUCAGAGAGGUCAACUUGAAUUCAGUGUCGUCGUGUACCGACCGCAGCCUGUCGCCCGACCUGCCCGAGCCAAACACAGACGACACGAAAGAGACGGACAACUCCACGUGCUCGGAUAAGGACACGAACGCCAACGAGGGCGAGGAGCAGAGCGCGUGCCAAAAGCGCCGCGGCCCGCGCACCACCAUCAAGGCCAAACAGCUAGAGACGCUGAAAGCGGCGUUCGUAGCCACGCCGAAGCCAACACGCCACAUCCGCGAGCAGCUCGCUCAGGAAACCGGCCUCAACAUGCGAGUCAUUCAGGUGUGGUUUCAGAACAGACGGUCAAAGGAACGUAGGAUGAAGCAGCUCAGUGCCCUUGGCGCACGGCGCCAUGCUUUUUUCAGAGGACCGAGGAGGAUGAGGCCACUGGGCAGCAGACUCGACGAGCCUGAUCUCCUUGGCCCUGGGGGAUAUGGCUACUAUGGAGAGUACCAGGGUGAUUACUAUGGCACAGGCGUCAACUACGACUUCUUCCCUCAUGGUCCACCCUCAUCUCAGGCCCAGUCUCCUGCCGAGGCUCCUUUCCUGCUCAGCUCGGGCUCCGGAGAUGACCAGCGCUUCACAGACGUGAUGUCACACGAUGACACGCCGAGCCCAGAUUUGCAUCCAAACGCACAGGGUGAAGGCGGAUUUGGGACAGGACCCAGUCCACCAUACCCACUGGCCAGCAAUGCCAACUACAGUGGGCAAGAGAUGGGUGAAAAUACCGUAUGGUAGUGGUGGUUGGGGUUUCUGGACAGAUAAAUAAAGGGAGCAAAAUGGGAUGUGGUGCAGGACACAAGACUGGAAAUUUAGCACCAGAAACCCACCCAAUCCCUUAAGAAAUCCCACAAACCCCACUGGCUCUAUUUGCUCCAGUUUCCAGAGGUGCUCUUCUGAGCAGGAUGAAAAUAUGUUUCAAGGUCAAUGACAUACGGGAAACAAAACUGUCACGUGACUCAAAUAUUGCAAGGACGUCAUGUUCUUUCUUUGCUCACAAUCUCUUCAUUCACUUUCUACAGCCCGACACACCAGUUAUACAAAUGCUGGAAUUCUUUCCAUUGCCAUUGGUUUUUGCAUGGACACAGUUUUAUGGUAUGGCAUCAUACAUAUUAGGCAUACAUACCUGUUAGCUUUGUCCAAUUUUGCUUUUCUUAUUAUUUACAGACUAGCAAAGGUUGUUCAAAUGGUUUGAAACAAGUGAAUGGAUUUGUUCAGAAAUUCAGAAUAGAUUGGGAAUUGGGUAGUUAACUUUAAACCUGUGCCCACUCAGUUUGGUUUUGGUUUAUAUUUCUUUAUCCAAGAUCAUCCCAUUUGACUGCUUUUUUCCAUGUUCUAAAACUCUGAUCUGUUUUCAUUCAUUGAAAAACAAUAAACCUUUUGAUGAACACAGA